AUGGCAAGAUACUAUUGUGAUUACUGUCACUCGUAUCUAACGCACGAUACACUAAGUGUGCGUAAGUCGCAUUUAAUUGGUAAGAACCAUAUUCGACUCACAGCAGACUACUACUAUAACAAGGCCAACCAGCAGCGCAUACCUUUUCUGUUCCCCAAGACAAAGAGGCCUCGACGUAAAUUACGGAAUAAUGUUGAAGCGACAGCAGAUACUGCAAAAGAAGCUUCUGCAGCUAGAUUACAUUGUGAGACAAAUAAAACUAAACGCCAGCGUCGCAAAAUACGCCAGGUCGAACCUACAGCGACACCUUUAAAACAGAUUUACGCCAAUUCCCCGGGAUUUAACAAGGUUUUCACAUCAGAAUGCAGGCUAGAUGUCGGUGACGUUAUUAAAGUAAGCAGGCUGCCGCAGCGUGCAAACCAGAAGCCAGGAGCCUCUACCUCUUUAUCAACACCUGUAGCUGCUAAUACAACUGCAUCUGCUGGACGCGCAGAGCUUUAUAAACCCCGGUACAACGAUAGCGGUUCGGGAACAGGAUUGCCGCCGCCUCUUGCACUCACCAUGUGGGGGAAUACAAUUACCAACAACAGCAUAGUUUAUCACACUAAGGAUACACUGCAAAGAACAGCCGCUAAAGUUAAGGCCUCUUUAGCUGCUGGAACCCGCUCAGACUACUCUCAACGCUUCUCGCAUACACACCAACGCUAG